AUGCUUAAGAAAGAACGUAAAAUUUUUAUCUUGUUCUUUUUCUUUUUGUUUCUUUUUAAGGUAAGCACUGUUUUACUUUAUGGGAUACCAAUUGUUUCGCUGUACAUCGAAUCGCAGGAGCGUUUGUGCUUAGCUCAAAUCUCAAAUACACUUCUAAAGCAAUUUAGCUAUAAUGAGAUCCACAACCGGCGUGUGGCACUCGGUAUAACUUGUGUCCAAUGUACUCCAGUGCAACUAGAAAUAUUACGAAGAGCUGGAGCAAUGCCAGUUAGUUCGAGACGUUGUGGCAUGAUAACCAGGCGAGAAGCUGAACGGCUGUGUAAAUCAUUCUUGGGAGACAAUACACCACCUCGGCUGCCAGAGGACUUUGCUUUUAGCGUGCAUCACAAAUGUGCUUGGGGAUGUCGUGGCUCAUUCUUGCCCUCGCGAUACAAUUCUUCGAGAGCAAAAUGCAUUAAAUGCUCCUAUUGUGGUUUGUUCUUUUCUCCAAACAAAUUCAUAUUCCAUUCGCACAGGAUAGGCCCGGGUGAUAAGUAUGUUCAGCCAGAUGCAGCCAACUUUAAUUCGUGGCGGCGUCAUAUGAAAUUGAGUGGUAAUCCACCCGAAGAGAUAACCCAUGCAUGGGAGGAUGUCAAGGCAAUGUUCAACGGUGGCACUCGAAAACGCUUAAUGACAUCAGCAACUAGCUCGUCAAGUUCCUUGAAGAUGACAGCUGUGACAGCUGCCACACGAAUCACCAAAAACUCAGCAUCAUCCUCUACGUCAUCAUCAUCUUCUUCAUCAUCGAUAGCUGCACAGUCUCCAAAGCGUUUGAAGGAAACUUCGCCAGGCCGAACAAAUGCAAUUAAUUCGCAUCAAGUUGGACAGUUUUCAUUGAGACCAUCACUUAAUGUCAAUUCGCACCAAACAAGUGGUUGCGCCACUCCUCUGACGGUGUCAAGCCAAAUACCUACUUUGGCAGGAAAUACACCAUCAGCCGACAUUAGUCUGCCGUUUUCUAGCCAUUUCAUGAUGGACUACAUGUGGCAUACACAUGCUCAAAGCAAAUCCUCAAACAGCCACCUCCAUUUCUCGAAUUACUCCCUGCCGUGGAUAAAAAGCAAUGCUGGAUCGUUGAUAUUUGGAAAUGGAUCUAGUCAAAGCUCCCUUAUGACAACCAGCCCUACGCAGGACCAAACCUUAACAAUUUCUAUAAACUCUUCAUCGGAUCAAUCGGCUCUGAUGCGUAAAAACACAUCACCAUCGCCGAUAGCAAAGUUUGGAUCUCCUCCGGAACAUACAUAUCCACCGCCAACGUCAGGAACUGUUUCUGAUAUGAAAAGCCUUACCGGGUUGUAUACUAAUUCAGCGUUCAAGCCUGUUAUGCAGCUUAAUAGAACGGCGUCUUCUUACUCAGCAGCUACUACAUCUUUAGCCUUAGAGACUGUAGCUGCAGUUGCAGCAGCUGCUGCAGCCGCCGCAGCAACUUCCUACAAUGACAACGAUCAGAAAGCCUUGGGCCGGAAUUCCCUUACGACCAAUAAUUCCCUUUCAUUGAAACCGUUAAGUGUUUCUUCUCAAAUCAAAGAAUCUUAUUCGUCGGAUGAUGAAAUGGUUGAUAUUGAAACAACAGAAGAGGAAGAAAAACCUUUCGAUGUCAAGGAGCAACAACGAAUGCACAAACUAUCCCGGAUACACGAUGAACACUCUAAUGAAAUUUUUCUCAAUACCCCCAUUGAAAUUGACAAUUCAAGUGACGAGUUGACAUGGAAAGGUCUAAAGAAAGAGCAGCCCAUUACUCCUCAGCAAGACACCACCUGUAGAAUGCAUACACCCACAUCAUCAUUGAUUUCUCACUCGCCCGCAUCGUCCAUCACUAGCGAACACCAUGUCUCCUACCAAUUGUCCAACAAAUCAGCAUCCAGUACUCCUGACAUUAUAUUGUCGGUAUCGCCAUCGGCAUCUUCAAAUUCAACAAAUCUCAAUCUUCAGAAAACAAGUAGUCCCGAACAGCAGAGAAAUGUAGCUGAAGCUAUUGUGUCGGCCUUCAGUCAUAAUCAUAAUCCGCAUCUGCAUCAUAACAAUCAUCACCACCAUCAUCAUCAUCUGCACCCAUCACAGCAAUCGGUAACAUCGCUAUCAGCGAGAAUACCAUUGCCACAGCCAACCUCGACAGUUAAUACCCCAUCAGCAAUUGGCAAUGGAUCGUCGGCGUCCCAAGUAAGUGGUCACCUGACAGCAGACAUAAUUAGCAAUAGCGUCCUUUUCGGAGCAAUAGGCAACAAUAAUCCUUCUUCGAACAAAACCAAUACGUUUUUGAUGAACGGUAAGACUUCAAACCCAAACUCAAACUUAAACAACAACGAUGGCAACAACCAAAGUGCGUCAACAAUUAGAAACUCGACCGAAUCACCAACAACAUGCGUCAACAACGAAUUCUGGAGCGUUGCUCGAUUGUCCUUCAAUCGACCAAACGACUACAGCCAGCAACACAAUGUACCAAUUACAGCAACAUUUCAUAGACAUAACCAUGAUAUAGCGAAGCAUUUUCAAGCCUUCCGCAAUCAUGGACAAGAAACCCCAACACAAACUAAUGGAGUUGGUUAAUUUUAUUUCUUUGAAUCUAUACAUAAUAUAUCUUUUGUUGCUAUAAAAUGGUUAAACUUUA